GCGAGAGGGAGGGAAGGAGGCGAAAGGAUAAGAAAGGGAGUGGAGCUGGCGCCUACGGUGGCCGAAGAGGGACGCGCAAAGCCGGAGGCUGCAGGAUGAUGCGAUUUAUGCUGCUGUUCAGCCGGCAGGGGAAGCUGCGGCUACAAAAAUGGUACCUGGCCACCUCAGACAAGGAGCGAAAGAAGAUGGUUCGUGAGCUCAUGCAGGUCGUUCUGGCUCGCAAGCCCAAGAUGUGCAGCUUCCUGGAGUGGAGGGACCUCAAAGUUGUCUAUAAGAGAUAUGCCAGCCUCUACUUCUGCUGUGCCAUCGAGGGCCAAGAUAAUGAGCUGAUCACGCUGGAGCUGAUCCACCGGUAUGUGGAGCUCCUGGACAAAUACUUCGGCAGCGUUUGUGAGCUGGACAUCAUCUUCAACUUUGAGAAGGCCUACUUCAUCUUGGAUGAGUUUUUGAUGGGGGGCGACGUCCAGGACACCUCCAAGAAGAGUGUGCUGAAGGCUAUCGAGCAGGCGGACCUACUGCAGGAGGAGGAUGAGUCGCCGCGCAGUGUGCUGGAGGAGAUGGGUCUGGCCUAGCCUCCACCUGGGGCCGCGUGGAGAUGUGGGGAGCUGGCGGAGAGGCGGCGCAUCGGUGGCCCUUUUCUUGGUGGGACCCAGCUGUCCCUCGUCUGCUGCUUCACCUUCUUUUGCAGUGAGCUGUGGGCUCAGGACCCUCAAACAUUCCCUCCCUCCACCCCCUACCUCCUGUUUCCCCUUUCCCACUGAAGGUUUUAGGACCUAGGAGGCAGGAAAAUGUGACCAAGUCGGGGGUGCUAUUUGGCUUUCAUCCCCUGCCUUUGAAGAACUAAUGUCACCCCAAACUCCCCCCCACCCUUAUAACUGUAAAUAUAUAAAUAUGUCAGGUUAAAGGGAAAAGGUUUUCAGGGCUCUUCUCUUCUCCCUGCCCCAUAACCUACCUCCAGCCCUCCCCGCAGCCAGCCAGGGCAGCUUCUCUGCCUGGGAGGGGUACCUCCGUGUCUCCAGAGGGAAGUCCUUUUCCCUCAUCUGUCUCCUCCCCUUCCUUCUUGGCUGCAGUGGGGCCUCCGUUCAGUUCCAGGGGAGGAGCAACAUAGUUAAUUUUUUUCUAACCUUGCUACUUUGAGGGAAGGGAGGGCUGGGGGAAGGGUAGGCUUUACAGAAGACUGGGCCCUGUCCCUCCUUCACUCCCGAGUUCCCGGUGAGGCAGGAGCUAAGUGGGUGGGGUGGGGAAAGUGUCCGAUUUCUUUUUUCUUUUCCUCCAAAAUAAAAGGAAAAGCAUUUCUGGA